AUGCUAAAUAAGUCAUCAAGCUUGAUUAAAAAAUGUUUUGGAGUUGUUAAUAAGAAUGACAACUUCAAAUAUGAAGUUUUAAACGAUAAGAAAAUAGGUAUCUUAACAUUAUGCAAUCCCAAGAAAAGAAAUUCUUUGAGUAUUUAAAUGGUUAAAGAUUUGUCUGAAUAAUUUAAGGAUAUAGCUGCUUAAGACUAUGCUAGUCAAAAUUAUGCAAAAGUUAUCAUUUUAAAGUCAGAAGGAACUGUAUUUAGUGCAGGUCAUGAUUUAAAAGAAAUCAAAGAAUUAUAAGAUAAAAAUGCACACGAAGAAUAAAAAUAGUUAUUUUAGAGAUGUGCUAAUAUGAUGGCAUAUAUCUAAUAAAGUUUGCCUUAAAUUACAAUCGCUUAAGUACACAAUUUCGCAACAGCAGCCGGGUGUUAGCUAGCAUGUUCUUGUGAUUUAAUUGUAGCCUCAAAAAGUGCUUCAUUUAGUUGCCCAGGAGUUAAAAUUGGGCUCUUCUGUUCUACGCCAGGAGUUGCUCUAAUAAGAUCAAUGGCUAAUUAAAAAAAAGCUUUUGAAAUGCUUGUUACAGGUGAUCCUAUAAGUGCACAAGAAGCUUAUCAACAUGGUAUGAUUAAUUAAUAUGUUGAAAAUAAUGAGGACUUAGAAAAGGAAACUUUUAAGCUUGCAGAAAAAAUAGCUUCUCAUAGUGGAGAAACAUUAGGAUUUGGAAAGCAAGCUUUCUACAAAUAAAAAAACAUGAAUGAUUUAGGAUAGGUUUAUGAUUUUGCAAGUUCUGUUAUGGCCUAAAAUUUAAGAAUCGAAGAUUGUGUUGAAGGAAUAAAAGCCUUCACUGAAAAACGUCAUGCCCAUUUCAAAAAAUGA